CUCUGCGAGGAACCUACUCCUUCUCUACUCCACCAUCGGCUUUCCCCACACGGAGUUAGUAAAACAGUCGUCUUGGUUCGUCUUCAUCCUCGUCGUCGUCCUCGUCGUGGUCGUCGACUUCGUCCUCCUCGUCAUCAUCCGUUCACUUCUCAUCGUUACACUCCUCCGUGUCUACGACGACGUUCUUGGUGGAAGUUUCAAGCUCGUUACUUCGUACUAUAUCCCUCGCCGCGAGUGGAUUCGUACACCCACUCUAGCAAGAGCAAGAUCAACGGCAACAAGUAUAGUUCUCCGUGGACACGAGACUUGCAGUAUUAUUUUUUUCGCUAUUUUCAUCCUCUAUUUUCUCCGAGUGCCUUUACAGGAGCGCGAAAAAGUUCGGGACGUAAAGACCGCCGAUUUUUCAACCGGUGAUUUUCAUUUAUGCUAAAUAUCGUGAACGAGGUUCAAGGACGCACGAAAGAGAGCUGCGGGGAAAAGGUCGAGGACGUUUCACCGUCGCCGUGAGCACUUUCGUGAUUAUUUACAAGUGAUUUUUCCAUCUAGGACUCUUUGAGGAACAGUUUUUUUUUUCAACUACUGCGCCGGUUUUUCGUAUCGUUAUUUUUGUUUUACUUACUCUACGUGGACAGUGCUCUGUGAAGAAUCGAGGAAAACCGUUGAUAUUGUUCAUCGCUUAUCGUCGGAAUCAUGAUCGUCGCAGCAAGAAAACAUCCGAACUGGAAAUCAUACUUUGCGGCAUGGGUAUUUGCUCUGAGCUUCAUCAACGGUUAUCAGUCAACGAGGAUCGAAGCACCGGAAGUAUUGGCGAAAACAGGAGUGGAAACAAUCCUGGAUGAGGCGACAGAAGAUUAUUGGGCCGGAAGUGGCUCUGGGCCCGAGGACGAAGAUUCGCUGCGAAACGAGACGAGGGAAUCUUUGACGCACGAAGCCAGUGAUCAGGAUGCUGUGGUCUACGUGGGCGAAGGAGCCGCCUACGUGCCUGUGCCCUCCCUGAAGAGUCGACCUCUCAGUCCGAAUCUUCAGGCGCUGCAGACGCUUCAGGGUCUGCAGGGUUUGGCCGGGGGUGGCACCGGAGGAGGCGGCGGUGGAGUCGGGGGUGGCGGUACCGGAGGCACCGGAGCCGACGAGGAAUGGGGGAGACAUCCGGAGACGUGGGACCGCGAGCACCGAAGAUACAGACCGAACACGACGCGUGUGCAGCAUAUCGAGGCCGAGUGUCAGGACGAUUAUAUGAAGAUUAGAAUCGGAUUCAAUGGGUCUUUCGCUGGAUUAUUAUACUCGGCAGGCUACUCUUACGAUCCCGAUUGCAUGUACGUUAAUGGUACCGGUAGAGAUUACUACGAGUUUUACAUACAGCUGAAUAGAUGCGGUACCCUCGGAGAGAAUACUCAUCACCAGGACAGCAGGAAAAAUCCCACCAAAAAUCUCAUGUGGAACACAGUGACUGUACAAUACAAUCCGAUGAUAGAGGAAGAAUUUGACGAACACUUUAAAGUAACCUGCGAAUACGGUUACGACUUUUGGAAGACUGUGACCUUUCCGUUUCUGGAUGUCGAGGUUGCAACCGGAAAUCCCGUAGUAUUUACUCUCCAGCCACCAGAGUGUUAUAUGGAAAUCAGAUACGGUUACGGCACAACGGGGACCAGAGUUGCAGGACCCGUACGAGUCGGAGAUCCUCUGACACUCAUUAUUUAUAUGCGCAGCAAAUAUGACGGCUUCGACAUCGUGGUGAACGAUUGCUACGCCCACAACGGUGGUAACAAGAGAAUUCAAUUGAUAGAUCAAUACGGAUGUCCGGUUGACGACAAAUUGAUCAGUCGAUUCCGUGGCUCGUGGUCGGAGAGCGGACUUUUCGAGACUCAGGUUUUCGCGUACAUGAAAACCUUCCGUUUCACGGGUUCUCCGGCACUUUAUAUCGAGUGUGACGUCCGAAUGUGUCACGGCCGAUGUCCGAGUCAACCCUGCCAUUGGAGGAACUCGAAAAGCGUGGCGAAGCGUUCGGUGACCGGUGCGAUCGGGGGGCCAACGACGCCGGCAACAAGUUUAUCAGAGAAUGUCAACCUCUUCCAAUCCCUCAGAGUUCUCCAGGAGGGUGAAGCCGAGGCCGAGCUGUUUCCGAACUCGACAGUCGCACCGCAGAACGGCGCAGCGGAGAGUCCGACAGGGGAUCGAGUCUGCCUAAAGUCAACGUUAGUCAGCACGAUAGUCGGUUUGGGUUGUGGAAUCGUCUGCAUAAUGGCAGGAACGUUACUGGCAGUGUGUUCUCGGAUGAGAAGAGCUGCGAGGGAAAAACUGCUGUCGGACAGUAUCGAUUACAUGACUCACAAGGGAAGAAUCAAUUAGGCCAAAUCCUCGAGCUGCACAUUACUGCAAGGGAUUUCAAACUUGGAGGAAGAGGUGCGCGGGGGAGCGUCUCGGGCCGUGCCCAAAAAUCCAAACAAAUAAAUAUGAAUAUAAUACGAACGAAAAGGAAGGGAACAGCAACAGCAACAAGAAUCGAGAUCCUCGUCUCAAAUUUUCCGGCGGCAGUGAGAGGCCGUGUCGCCACGUUUUUUCCCCGUUUUUCCUGCGGUCGAUACGAGAAUAGGGCGAACCCGCCGACUGGCAGUCCUCGAUAAUUCGUCAAGCUCAGCCGACUCUGAGUGCAAGAUUUUUCAGUUCUCCCGCUCAUUUUUAAGGCCACCGAUUGGAUGGUUUGUCCUGCGAAGAGAAGGAAACACAUUAGAGAAGUAAACAAAUAAUUCGAAACCGGCAAUCGUGUGUACCGUUCAGGGACGAUCGCCGUCGACGAAACAUCGACAAACGCACCGACUGCCGUCGCUUAUUUCACCCCUUCCGAUGAGCACGCGGGACGUUUACGUUCAUUUAUAAUUAGCAGAGAGCCUUCAUGAAAAAAAAAAAAAAGAAAACGAAAAAAUCAAGAGGUUCUCCAUUUAUCGUAAUUUUUACGAACUCCAACGAGUCUGCGUCUCGGAUGUGAGGGAAAAUUUGUUGCGCCCACAAAAAGCUUAGUCCCCAAACUCAAUUUUUCGCUAUUUCAGCUCUAAUCAAAGUCAUUUUUCCUCAAAUUACUUAAGUUGCAAACGAGAAGAGGUUGCCCUACGAAUUUCUCGAUUUUGGGCUCGAAAAGUACGACUUUUAAUAAUAAUAAAAAAUAAAAAAAAAAAAAACGAUGAUCGAUCGUAAGUAUCGCCAAUCAUUGUUAAUUCUCUGUAAAAAAAAAAAAAGAGCGAAAAACAUUGAUAAUCAAAUUUGAAACGAUCGUUAGCUCAAAAAGUACGAAUAUAACGUAAAAACGAAAGGAAAAGCAAAAAAAAAAAGUUGUUUUCUCGACGAAUCGAAAAAACUUUGAAAAUAUUGUUUUUACGAUGUUAAAACAAUUUAUUUGUGCGAGUUUUUGCAACGUUCUCCAAACAAGGCUCUCGAAUAAUGUUCUCAUAAUCUCACUAAGCGUAAUCAAUAAAAAAAAAAUAUUAAAGGACAAUAUAGACAAUAUCCACGUGCGAAACGACGAGGCCGAUAGACAGAAAUAUUUUCAUACGAGUAUUGUAAUCAUAUAAUAUCGAAAAACGUGACAGCAGUUUCGUUGGGAGAGAAUUUUUCAUAAAAUGGGCGUGGUCGCUUCGCACUUUGUAGGGUUUUUUUUUUAUUAUUUUGUUUCUCUUAUUUUCUAUUAACAAUCAUUAAAAUCAUAAUUCUAAGUAUAAAACGCAUGACUGCGCCUCAUGCCUUAAUUAAGAAGAAUUCAUCAAACGCUUAAUGAAAAACAUGUGAGUAGAACACGAAAAGAAAGAAAAACAAUGAAAAUGUCACGUUCGGUUGACGGCCAGUGAGGAUUAAAUAAUAUUUGUCGAAAGAACGAAAAAAAAAAAAAGAGAAUUUACAAACGUGAAACCGAACCUUUCACAAGAGUUCGUAAAAAUAUUAAUUUCUCCUCCUGGCUGUUCCCAAAUACUCGAGCUAAUGUAACCUUACUUUUCUUGUAACGAUACAUUCUCGACAUUUUUUUUCCUUAUUAUUACGUACUUAUGAUUUUUGGUCAAAUUAUAUAUUGUAAAUAUAGCGUAUUGGCGGUGUACUAUGAUCGACAGCAAAAAAAUUAUUAUUAAACAUGUACGCGAUUCAUUUAGAUAUAACUAUAUAUAUUUAGAGCUCGUGUGUAUCGAGAUUUUUCAAUAAAUCGUGGCAAAACAGA